CGUAACGAACACUGUACAGCGGCCAGUAUGAAACAGAAAGAAUAACUUUAAGGAAGUCGCCUCGACGGCAACAUAGAAAAGGGCGUCAGUUAUCUUUUAGACAAUAAAACCACGCUUUCAAACACGCGCUUAUUUUGCCUGUUGAAGAACGGUGAACAAAGUAACAAUGUCCAACUCACAGUUUAACAGAGGACCGGCGUAUGGAUUUUCUGCAGAAGUCAAAAGCAAAAUUGCCCAGAAGUAUGAUCCUCAGAAGGAGGAGGAGCUGCGGGUCUGGAUUGAAGAUGUGACGGGCCGUUCCAUAGGGGACGACUUUCAGAAGGGCCUGAAAAACGGCAUCAUUCUCUGCGAACUGAUCAACAAAUUGCAGCCUGGCUCUGUGAAGAAGAUAAAUAAGUCUGCCCAAAACUGGCAUCAGCUGGAGAACCUGUCCAACUUCAUCGCAGCCAUCACUAAGUAUGGACUGAAGCCUCAUGAUAUCUUUGAAGCCAAUGAUCUGUUUGAGUGUGGGAACAUGACCCAGGUCCAGACCACUCUCCUUGCCCUCGCUGGCAUGGCCAAGACCAAAGGCAUGCAGUCAUGUGUGGACAUUGGUGUCAAGUACGCAGACAAGCAGGAAAGAGCAUUUAACGAAGAGAAGUUGAAGGCUGGACAGUGUGUCAUUGGACUGCAGAUGGGUACCAACAAGUGUGCCAGCCAGGCAGGUAUGAAUGCUUAUGGCACAAGAAGACACCUCUAUGACCCAAAAUCACACAUCCUACCACCCAUGGAUAACUCCACCAUCAGCCUGCAGAUGGGGACCAAUAAAGGGGCAAGCCAGGCUGGCAUGACUGCUCCUGGGACAAGGCGUGCCAUAUAUGACCAGAAGAUGGGCACAGACAGGUGCGACAACAGCACCAUGUCCCUGCAGAUGGGUUACACCCAGGGUGCUAACCAGAGUGGGCAGAAUUUCGGGCUGGGCCGCCAAAUCUACGAUCCCAAGUACUGCCCCAAGGGUGAAAUGGAGGAGGAGCAGAAUGGGGCAGGUGCUGGUGGCUAUGCCCAGGAGUACCAAGACGAAGGUUACCAGGGAUACCAUGAUGAGGGGCAGGACUACUAAAGGAGCAAGCAGGUUGAAGCAAAAUGCAUUGCAUCGGGGUUACCGCAGAUGCACAUUGUCUUCUGUUUUUAUUGUCGGUGAUUUGCUCUUUAAACAAAGACGUCAAUGUUUUGAUCCAAAGGAAAGUAUUCUGAAUAGUUCUUCAUCACUCUACAAUGACUGGUGGCCACUUUCCUCACUGAAGGGUGAAAAGGAAGGGAUCAGAUGAGCUGCUCAAAUCAUGACAAGUUGUCUGGAAAAAAGUGUUAGCCCUCCUUAUUACUCUACCACACCAAACCUAAAGACAUGUGUCUCCUUAUAGUAAUGGGUGACAGCUGGCUGUUUUGCAGUUGCACAAAAGGCUUUUAAAAAAACAAAUAAAGAGCAAGAUUAAACCAAUAGUAGUCAUCUAGCAGAAGUAGUGCUGCAACUUAUUUUUCAAGGUUAGUGUUGUCACAGAAAUUCUUACUGUUACGUAAUCAUGGAAUCUGUGCCAGUCUGCAUUUUGUUACAAUUUCCCAUGACCCCAGGCUUUUGUAUAUAACAAGAGUAGCACCUUUACCCAUUUUUACUGCACUGCCUCUGCCCCCAGUUGCCCAAAGUGAAGCAGAGCGUUUAGGACAUGAGGUCAGGGGUACCUUGCACAUCAAUCCAGAUGUAUACCAUGAAAAUCAUUGUUAGUAUUACUGCAGUAUGGCCAUCUAUCUUUAUGUGACAUUGUUAUUUAAAUAUGGAAUUUGAAAUGGCUUGGUUAAUGAACAUUAUUCAAAAUUGUGAACAGAAACAUUUGUGAUAUUUUGCUUUCAUGAUGCCCAUGGAAAAUUACAAAUGUUUAAAGUGACCAAAUAAUUAAUUUAUACUUAUAAGAUCCAUUACAGCCUGUGCCAGUAACUUUUUAAGCAGCCUAUUUUUGCAGUGUGUUGCUGCUUUCUUUUAACUGCUUUCUUAUUCUUGCGAUUUGUUUUUAUUAAUUUUUGUUUGUUUUUGCCAACAGCUGUACUGCCUGAUAUUACAGUGUUCAUUCUCUAUAAUCCAUGUGCUUCCUGUGAAUUGUCUUUUUUUUGUAUGCUUUUUUUUUUUUUUUUUAGAAUUUUUU